UUUUUUUUUCUAUCCUCUGCGGUGGGCAUGUGCCUAAUCUGCUAAACUGUCUUCAUCUAGGUUGUCUUUUCACGCCAUACGUUGUUCAGUAUUGAGUAUUGGGCUAGAGAUAUAACCUCUCUAGCUCUCUCCUUUACCAGAAUCUCUGAGCUAUAGAUAAUAUGAUUGUGGCUUUUUUGUAUUUGUGUACCUACACCCCAUCCCAAAUGCUGAUGUUUCCAUUUCCACUUUCCCAGGAAAUGUCUCUUACUCAUAAAUUGGAUGCAUAUCAAAUACAAUUACCAAAAAAACACCCAUAGCGAGAGAUCCCCCAAGUCGAUUUGGUGAUGAUGGAAUAAUCGUACUGAGUAGAGCGGGACCUUUUUCCUUUAUAUUUGCGGUAUAUGAUUUUGAACGUUUCAUCAAUGGAGACUUGUCGAGUCUCCGAACAUAGUCUAUCAUAUUAUCAAAUCAUCACCUCCUCGGACAUUGUUCCUGGUCAUUUUAUCAUAAGAUCAUUUCUACCACUCUCUCGUUUUAUCUAAUCUGGUCAAUCUGAUUAGCACGUCAUUAAAUUCUUGGCAUUCUACUGAAGGAGAAAAAAAGACACAAACCCCGCCGUGGUCCCUCCUUCAACCUUCUUUAUCAGAUCAACUCGAGCGCCCCACCAAACAUUCCUUACCGCCCCACCAAACAUCCGGACCCCGAUACGACGUGAAACAAAACGAGAAGCCCUUGAAAGCGUAUCCGACAAAGGGAAAAAAAAAAAAAAAACCAACCGUCAAGAUGAGCAUCCAAAUUAAGAACGAGGAGGAGGUUACGGCGAUCCUUGAUAGGACCCCUGCUGACAAACUUGUCAUUCUCAACUUCUACGCGGCUUGGGCGGAGCCUUGUGCUCAGAUGAAUCAGUGAGCACGAGCCCAGAUUUGGAUCCUCCCCCAUUCCCUCAAUUUGCCUUACAGAAAAACCAGCUAACCAGAAUUAACAAAAUAGAGUCUUCGAAGCAAUUGCGACCAAGUCUCCCGAUGCCGCCAUCUACCUCUCCAUCGACGCAGAAGACGAAUCCAACGCCUCUGCCACCGAGAAAUACGACGUUACCGCUGUGCCAUACUUUCUCUUCCUAAAGGACCAAACAGUUCUCCAGAAAGUCUCGGGUGCAGACUCAGCACUGCUAAGAUCGGCUGUGGAAAAGCAUAGUGACGUCGAGACCCUCGACCUCCCCGCAAAACAAACUACCGCCGACCCGAGCUCUGCUGCUAAUGGAGCCACCACUGAAGACGGGGAAGGAGGAGAAGAAGACUUUGCAGAGGACAUCAAUGUCCGCCUUAAACAACUCGUAAGCGCUGCGCCCGUGAUGCUCUUCAUGAAGGGUACUCCGGCCCAGCCGCAGUGCGGAUUCUCCAGACAGCUCGUCGCACUGCUCAGGGAAAGGGAAGUGCGCUAUGGCUUUUUCAAUAUCCUCGCCGACGACGAAGUCAGACAGGGACUGAAGGUUUUUUCUGACUGGCCGACCUAUCCGCAAUUGUACUAUAAAGGACUUUUGGUCGGGGGAUUGGAUAUUGUGAGUUUUUUUCUUCUUUUCCUUUCUUCAUCCUCCCCCCCUUAUCCCUUAUCUUUUUAUUUGUCCUUGUGGGUGGGCGGUAUAGAGCUAAUGAAAGAGAUGCAAUAGG